AUGAGUAAGCCUGAUACCUCUUUGUUGCAGAUCAUCUUUUAUGAAGAGAAGAACUUCCAGGGUCGCUUCUUUGAAUGCGACACAGACUGCCCAGACAUGCAUCCCCACUUUAGUCGAUGUAAUUCCAUCAGAGUGGAGAGUGGCUGCUGGGUUCUAUAUGAGAGACCUAAUUACUCUGGUUAUCAGUAUGUGCUAACCAGAGGAGAGUAUCCUGACUACCAGCACUGGAUGGGCUACAAUGACACCAUCCGCUCUUGCCGUACAUUCUCAUAUACCAGUGAUGGGCCUUACCGUAUGCGCAUCUAUGAGCAUCCAGACUUCCAGGGUCGGAUGAUGGAAUUCUCAGAUGACUGCGAGUCACUUCAGGACAGGUUCCGCAGCCGCAACAUCUAUUCCUGCAACGUUUUGGACGGCUACUGGACAUUCUACGAGCACCCAAGCUAUCAGGGCCGCCAGUAUUUCAUGAGACCUGGCGAAUACCGCAACUUCAGCGACUGGGGCGCUACCUGUGCCAUCAUAGGUUCCUUCCGCAGGAUCACUGAUUUUUAA